AUGUUGAUGAACUUCGGGGGCUCCUACGAUGCCUACAUAAAUAACUUCCAAGGUACCUUUCUUGCGGAGUGGAUGUUGGAUCAUCCAUCGGUUCCUUACAUCGCAGGCGUCAUGUAUCUCAUUCUUGUACUCUACGUACCGAAAAGCAUUAUGGCGAGUCAACCGCCCCUCAAUCUUAGGGCCGCCAACAUCGUGUGGAAUCUGUUUCUGACAUUAUUUUCAAUGUGCGGCGCGUAUUACACCGUUCCGUACCUCGUGAAAGCGUUCAUGAAUCCUGAAAUUGUCAUGGCAGCCUCGGGGAUAAAAUUAGACGCAAACACCUCACCAAUAAUCACACAUAGUGGUUUCUAUACCACCACGUGCGCUUUGGCUGAUAGCUUUUACUUCAACGGUGAUGUGGGUUUCUGGGUUGCACUUUUUGCCCUGUCAAAGAUCCCUGAAAUGAUUGACACGGCCUUUCUUGUCUUCCAAAAGAAGCCGGUUAUUUUUCUACACUGGUACCAUCACCUCACUGUGAUGCUUUUCUGUUGGUUUGCCUACGUGCAGAAAAUUUCCAGCGGUCUGUGGUUUGCCUCCAUGAACUAUUCUGUCCACUCCAUCAUGUACUUGUACUACUUUGUAUGUGCCUGCGGUCACCGUCGCCUCGUCCGUCCAUUCGCUCCGAUAAUUACAUUUGUGCAAAUAUUUCAGAUGGUGGUGGGUACGAUUGUUGUGUGUUACACGUACACUGUAAAGCAUGUGUUGGGAAGGAGCUGCACAGUAACAGACUUCUCUCUUCAUACUGGUUUGGUAAUGUAUGUGAGUUACCUGCUUCUUUUUUCGCAGCUCUUCUACCGCAGCUAUCUCAGUCCGAGGGAUAAGGCCAGUAUUCCACACGUAGCAGCGGAAAUAAAGAAAAAAGAGUAA